CUACACGGCUCAGCAUUCCAGAAGACGGUCAUCUUCAUACUCGCCGCCGUGAAAAUCAGAAAUAUCGCAUGCCCGAAAGAAAGUAAUACCACUGUUGCAGUUGGACUUUUUGUUGCAUUCAUCAUUUUAACGAUAUUAGGGUGCACUUUUAGGAAUCACUGUUCUUAAAGGCAGUAUUUAUAUUGUUUGAUUUCUAUAAUAUUUCGAGGUCCCAGUGCCUCCAUCUCUCAGCCCUUUGACCCACCGUUUCGGUCGCCCUGCUAUCCACGAAGAAAUUCAUAUCGUAGAUUUCUUUUAACAAGCAUUGUUCUAAUUCUCUUACCGACUGUAAUAAGCGUUCUUCUGUAGUGUAUAGUUUCAUUCCUGUUUCCGAUUAAUUAUCUUUGAUAUUAUCUAGUUGAGAGGUUAUUCUACCAGUUACAAAGGUUAACGUAAGAUAGUGAUUCGUGUAUUCUGUGGGGUGUUGACAGGUCGCGAUGUAAAUUUUAGUGCGUGCAAUACUUUCCUCAGCUUAAUUUUAUGGGCAUAAAUAUGAGUCUUUUUUGCUUUUAUGUGUAAUGAGUGCAGUCAGCUGAUGGUUCACCAACCUUGUCUGGCGAAAUGAACCUAACCUAAAUUAAAUUGUCAUUAUAUAAGACAGCAGCUUCGAAUAAGGGUAUAAAUUAUUAUGUGAACGCCACAGAAUGGUGCCUUCUCCAGUACCAGUUCCCCUUAAAACAAAUUAUGCAGAUACAUUUUGGUGUACUUACUGUGUAUCAGUUAUUGCAGCCAGUAUCGCAGAAGUAGUUACUUAUCCACUGGAUCUUACAAAAACAAGACUUCAAAUUCAGGGAGAAGUAGCUGCAGCUCAGCAUAGUAGUAUAAAUGCUAUACCAUAUCGAGGUAUGCUGCAAACUGCAUUAGGUAUUGCAAAGGAAGAAGGGUUGCUCAAACUGUGGCAAGGUAUAACACCUGCCAUUUAUAGACAUGUAAUAUACUCGGGUAUCCGCAUUGUCAGUUAUGAAACGUUACGAGAUGAAAUUUUGAAGAAGGAACCUGAUGGUUCCUUUCCUGUGUGGAAGUCUGCCGUGAGUGGGGUAACUUCAGGGGUAAUAGCUCAGUUUUUUGCCAGCCCUACAGAUCUUGUUAAAGUACAAAUACAAAUGGAAGGAAGGAGACAAUUAUUAGGGAAACCACCAAGGGUUCGCAGCACAUGGGAUGCUUUCUCUCAGAUCCUAGCCAGAGGUGGAGUGAAAGGCUUAUGGAAAGGGUCGAUACCUAAUGUACAAAGAGCAGCAUUAGUGAAUUUAGGAGAUCUAACCACCUAUGACACUGCUAAGAGGUUCAUUCUCACGCAUACCUCACUGACUGACAGUCAUUUCACGCAUAUCCUAUCCAGCAUAUGUGCUGGGCUUGUAGCUGCUACGAUGGGAACACCAGCAGAUGUGGUCAAGACCAGAAUUAUGAACCAACCUACAGAUAGUAAAGGAAAUGGCGUCAUCUAUAAAUCAUCUGUGGACUGCCUCAUGAAGACUGUUCGGAAUGAAGGCUUAUUUGCACUGUAUAAGGGGUUCCUGCCUGUGUGGAUUCGGAUGGCCCCGUGGUCCCUCACAUUUUGGUUAUCCUUUGAACAAAUCCGGUUUAUGCUUGGUGCAACUGCAUUCUAAAAUGUUCAAGAGGAGCAACAAGACUUCUGUUGUUUUCUAAUCUAAUGGAGCUCUUGUUCAGAACUAACGCAGAACUAGUGUAUCUACUGAUAUAAAGUGCAGCAAUUAAUUUGUCCACAUAAAAUUUUAUUGAUUUUCCUCAUUGUCGUGGAUAUUACUGACAACUGAAAAGUUUCAUGCACGUCACAUCUCGUUUAGGAGAUCAUAGAGUUUGCCGCACUUUUGAAGAACAGGGAUCACACACACACUUAAAGGCAGCAUGGAAGAAGCUCAUAUGUAGUAGAAACUGUUCCUGGUAUUCAGUUGAGCAUUGCACCAUGUCAGAAAGUUAAAAAGUCCAUAAGACUCUGCAGUUGAAUAUGGACUGCUGUGAAACAUCAAGAUUAAUAUGUUCUGAGAUUAGUCUUCAGGUAGGCAAGUCUCGUAAUCUAAUGAAUAACGUUAAAACUACCUUGCUAGUUGACUGGCCAACUAAGAAGUUGAGUGAACCUAUGAAAUAUAUCAGAACACUGAUCUAGAAACACAGUCUGUGGUAAUGCUGAUAAAUAUAGUCUUAUGGAAAUAUGAUAUGAGUUUAGUUAGAAAAAAAGAAUGCAAAUAAAAAAUCUCUAAUAUUGAA